AUGAAGCCUCUAUUUAUACCCAUGGCAACCACCAUUUGUGCAACCUUCAUUAAUUGUGUUCAUCAUAGGGUUGGAAGACUUUUCCACCUUAGGUUUCAUUUUGUCAACAAAAAUGGCUACUAUAGCUUUGGAGGCUUUGGAGGGUGGAACACAACAAAACGGCCCCACGCACUGUGGGAGUCGGGACAUCGAUCCAACCAUCAGAUUUUGAAAAUAGUUCAAGAAGAUAUGAUCGACUCAAUCUGUCCACAAGAUCAAGUCAACACCACCACGGAUUACAAUCUUUUCGAUUACAAUUCGGCCUACAUGAACAUGAGCUUCCUUUUGGGUGCCCAUGUCGUGAUUCCGGUUCCGUUUGAAUUUGUGAAUCCGAGUUUGUCGGGUCGGGUUAUAGGAAACGGGUUUGAGGUUAAGUGGAAGGUGGAUGAUGAGGUCUACAUUGGGUGCAGGCAGUCUAGCGGAGAGUGCAUGUAUGAUAAUGGUACACUUAUGACCGUCCGUGGCUGCCCGGAACAGCCUUUGUUGGCAGAUAGUUGUGACGGAGUUAACAAAACUUGA